AUGUUGUUCGAAGAAAUCGAUACAGAAGAAAGCACUAGCUCACUAAGUGAAGUGAGCUCUUUGGAUGAUGAUUUGGAUGGCAUGCAUCUGGAAUCUGGAAGUUCCGUGGAAGAAAUGUCUGAUGACGAGAUGGAUUCAAGCAGCUGGAAUGAAAUAAAAUCAGAAUCAUAUGCAGAAUUUAUGGAAAACCGUGGACUCGUCGAAGAAGUAGCUUCUCUUACGGAAGAUAAUACAAUCGAUCUCAUUGACUGCUAUCGGCAUUUCAUCACGGACGAAAUUAUCGAUCUUAUGUCAGUGAUAGCUGAAACAGACAGACGCAAACAAGCACCUGCACAAAAAGAAAUCGACAAAUCACUAUUAUAUGCUAUGUUUGAACAUGAAUCGGUGCAAGAAGAAAUAGACAACCGAAUAAUAGACGAAAUUCAGUGUUUUAUACCAGAACUGGCAAGAAAACAUACAAAAUUACUGAAGCAAAUAGAUGAUUAUGUAGUAGAGGUGCCAGAACCACCUGAGCACUUUUAG